GAAGAGCGAGACAUGGCGAGAGAAGGAACAGAGAAGUGAGAGUGUGUGUGUGUGUGUGUGAGAGAGAGCAGUAGACAGUGGCUUCUCCUGAACUCCUGUUGACUCAGUCUAUAGUAAAUACUUUUUUCUUGCUGAAGUAAAAUAUUGACGGUGAUGAAGCAGUUUUACACACACACACAUGCACACACACACAUACACUGGGCUGCUCCACCAAGCUGGACCUUACUCAGAAGUGUGAUGUCAGAGGUCACCAACUCCAAUGAAUGGAAGUAUUAGGGGGCGUGAGUAUGUGUGUGUGUGUGUGUGUGUGUUUAUGUCUGUGUGAGAGAAAGAGAGAGAGGGAGAAGAGAUGGGAGGGGGCCAUUCCUUGGUUCUAUAAAUACAAGGUCCCGAUGCAGACAAGAGGUAGAAACGUGAAGAAGCUUCACCGAUACAAGAGGAAUCUGAAGACGGAUCCAUACUCUUUUAAGGACGUUUUCACACAGGAUCAGAAUCCACAGAGGAUCUACUGACUGCUUGAGGGAGUCACCUACAGGGCAGUAAGAAUGACAGACAAUGGUGUAUUCACAGGAGUGGACCUGUGCAGCCAGGUGAACAACCACGCUCAUCGCACAGAGGAGAUCGAUGUGGAGCGCCUGCUGGUGCGUAGGGGGCAACCCUUCUCCAUUGCCCUGCAGUGCUCUGGUGCUGCCCCCCAGGCACCCAACCAGCUCAGCCUCGUCCUCCGACUGGGUAAGCAGGGUGAGGUGACGGUGAAGGUGUCGGAGCAUCAGCGGGGCGGGGGCCAGUGGUGGUUCAGCCAGCAGGCUGCCCAGAGCGAGCUGCUGGUGACGGUGCACAGCCCGGCGGACGCGCCCAUGGGGCUCUACAGCCUGGCCCUGCUCCUACUCUCCCCAGAUGGACACAUCCUGGAGGAGACUGCAGCCGAGAGCUUCUACCUGCUCUUCAACCCCUGGUGCAAAGCCGAUGCGGUGCACUUGCCAGAUGAGGAGCUCUUGCAGGAGUACAUUCUGAACGAGAACGGCAUCCUGUACCAAGGGGCCUGGGAUGACAUCACCUCGCUGUCAUGGAACUUCGGACAGUUUGAAAAGGACAUAGUGGACAUCUGCUUUGAAAUACUGGACAACUCACCCACUGCACUCAAGAACCCAGACAUGGACACUCUAAACAGAGCCAAUCCUGUUUAUGUCAGCAGAACCCUCACUGCCAUGGUGAACUCCAAUGACGACCGUGGGGUGCUGACCGGUAACUGGACGGGGGAUUACUCUGACGGCGUGGCUCCCACGCGCUGGACGGGCAGCGUGCCCAUCCUGAGGAAAUGGAGCGAGGGCGGGGCUCAGAGGGUGCGCUACGGGCAGUGCUGGGUGUUCGCAGGGGUCGCCUGCACAGUUCUGCGAUGUCUGGGCAUCCCCACCCGCUGCAUCACAAACUAUUCCUCCGCCCACGACACCGACGGGAACCUGAUGAUAGACUACCUGUUCGAUGAGAACAUGGAGAGCAUCUCCACUGGCGGCAGAAAGGACAUGAUCUGGAACUACCAUUGCUGGGUGGAGUCCUGGAUGGCUCGGGAAGACCUUCCAGACGGUAAUGAUGGGUGGCAGGCUCUGGACCCUACGCCCCAAGAGAGAAGUGAUGGUGUGUACUGCUGUGGGCCUUGUCCUGUGCGGGCGAUACGAGAGGGGGAGGUGGGUGUGAAAUAUGACGCGCCGUUCAUCUUCGCUGAGGUGAAUGCCGACCUGGCGUUUUGGGUCGUCCACCCGGAUGGCGAGCGCACACAAGCCUCGGUCAACAAGAGGACAGUGGGCCGAAACAUCAGCACAAAGAGCGUCUAUGGCGAUUACCGAGAGGACAUCACCGCACACUACAAAUACCCAGAAGGUUCGGAGAAAGAGCGUCAGGUUUUCGAGAAGGCCGGCCGGAGGGUUUCCCAACAGAACGGCGGUCAGGGCCAGCUGGAGCUGUCCAUCAAGCAUGCCCAGGCCGUCCACGGGACGGACUUCGACGUGAUCGUGGAGGUGCACAACGUGGGCGACGAGGACGCACGCGCCCACCUCACAGUCAUGUCCACCACAGUGACCUACAACAGCCUGCACAGGGGAGAGUGCCAGAAGAAGACGGCUCGCCUCACGGUUCCUGCACAGAAGGCUCACAAAGAAGUUCUGCGCCUUCGCUACAACCACUACGGAGCUUGUGUGUCUGAGCAUAACCUGAUCAGGGUGACUGCUUUCGUCAAGACGAAUGAUCAGGAUGACGUGAUCCUGGAGGAGGUCAACAUCCCUCUGCGGAUGCCAAAGUUGCUUAUCAAGGUUGUAGGGGAAGCGGUCGUCUCUAGGAAGGUGACGGCCCACAUCACCUUCACAAACCCGCUGCCGGUCACUCUGAAAGACGGCGUGUUCACAGUGGAGGGUGCAGGCCUCACAGCAGCUACAGAGGUUCCUGCUCCGGGAAAUAUCGGACCAGGUGAAGAAGUGACGGUCAAGUUCUCAUUCAAACCCAUGCGCCCUGGCCUGAGGAAACUGGUAGUGGACUUCGACUCAGACCGGCUGAGGGAUGUGAAGGGGGAGGCCACUGUGAUUGUCCGGCGAAAGAAAUGGAACCGACAUGAUUGACACAAAACUACGAUUAUCACUUUAGAUAAAUGGUGUUUUUUAACAGAAAAAAUAAACAACUAUUCCAUGUGUAUGAGUUGGAUACUGAAGCAACAGCAUAACUGAAAAUGUGAUACUGAUACUUUUUAGAUUUUAUUUUAUAAAAUGGUUUAGGUCAUUAUAAUAUUUGCACUAAAAUGAUGUACUCCUUAAACAUAAGUUAUAUUUGUGAAGCUAGUUUCGCAUUGCAUGCACUAUCAGCAUAGUUAUUAGUGCUGUCUUGCACACUGCUUACAAUAAUAAAAUUAUAUUUCUACACA